CGACGGGUUUUUUCUAAACGAGACUGUGCUUGUUUCUGUGGUGGGGACGCAAAGUUCUACGUAAGGAACUAAAACAGAAGAUAGUCGCUUCCUCCUCUCGCGUGUCAUUUCCAAAAGUUCAUACAGUCAAAAAGGGAAUAUGGCAAGCGUGGAAAUUGAUGUCGGGGGUGAUAUGCACAUACCACAACAAAAACAAAAAUCUAGUCAAGGGCUUGAAUUUUUACAACUACCACAAUUUAUCAAUGAAUAUCCACAAGCUCAUGAAUGGAUUGAACAUAGAAAGGCUAAUAUUAGGCCAUGGUCCUUAUUCCUUAAUUCAAAUAAUUUGAGGCGUCCACCUAGCUUUCCAAGAUUAAGUAAACGAAUUAUGAAAAAUAUUGAAUAUUUUCAGAGCAACUAUUUAUUUGUGUUCAUUGGAUUAAUCAUAUACUGCUUGAUUACUUCUCCAUUGUUGCUAUUGACUGUAGCAGCUUUUCUUGGAACUUGUUAUAAAAUUUCACAACGCCAUGCUAGGCAAGAAUUUAUGAUAUUUAAUCAUAAAUUGAAAUUAGCUCAAAUUUAUUGCUUGGUUGGAAUGUUGUCAGUACCAAUAUUUUGUUUGGUUGGUGCAGCUCACGCACUCUUUUGGAUUCUUGGUGUGUCAUGGUCUCUAAUAACUUUACACGCAGCACUUUAUAAUAUUGACUCUGUGUUAUGCCCGGGGGAGGAUGAACUCAAUUCCUUAGUCAUGCAAGAAGUAUGACUUGUAUUAUAAUGUAAUUCUAUUACUUGUAUUAUAAUAGAUGUAUAUACAAAUUGAUUUUUAAAUGAUAUAAAGAUUAUAUAAAUGCAAAAAUAUAAUUAAACAUUUAUACUAUGUAUAUAUGACAUAAAAUAUUUAUAUUGUUAACAUCUAGAAAAGAUACAAGUUAUGACAUAAUGUAUGUACUUCAUUGUUAAAAAAAUAGUACGAAUAAUAUUAAAUUAUGUGACUACAUCAUG